UUUUAAUGGGAGAGAGCGUUUGAUAGAGACAGGCAGCCGCUUCAUGGGACGAUGCACGGGAAAGCGACAGCGCGCUGCUGCGCCCCCGUUCGACUAUCGGCGAUAAGCCCAGGUAUAUGAGAGCGCGCCGGCCUCUUCUGCCAGGUUUUGUUUCACAUACGGACGCCGGUAGACAACGAACUGUUCAGGAUGCGUCGGUACUCUAUCACAUUCCUGCCUCUUCUACUAAUGAGUGCGUGCGGAGCGCAGCAGCUCCUCACACUGGAAGAAUGCAAAGAUGAAAAGAGCCCUGGCUUCAAGAACGUCACCAUUUCUCCUUGCGACAAAGAUCCAUGCGUGAUCAAGACUGGCGACAAAUACAACGUCACUUUUUACGCGGAGGCGACUGACGACGCAGACUACCUGAUGGUGACCACGCUGGACCAGCAGCACACCGACACGACCAACGUUCAGUCUGCGCACUCGAUAAGCUGUCACUUCCUCGACAUCCCUUGCAACGUGACCAAGGGAGAGGUGUUCCGAGGAUCGGUGACACUCAGAAUACUCAGUGCAUUCGUUCCCGGCAACGUGACCUAUGAGCUUGAAGUAGGCAACGACAAGGCAACUUUCGCAUGCGGAGUCACCAAGCUGAUCGUCGAAUGAACGUGCUGAAGACGAGUCGCUCGGUAAAGAAAAAAAAAAAACACGCAAAAUGAGUCUGCCGUGCUUACAGGAAUUGGCUGCUGCAAGACUUU